CGCGAUAUUAUCGUCUGCUUUUGACCGGCGUUGAAAAUGGCAGAAAACAAAGAUGAGGGUCCUACAUGUAGCGUACCGAAGAAGAGGAAACCAAACUGGACGACAGACGAAUGUUUAUAUCUAAGCAAGUUGGUUGAUGAAAACAAAAGCGUACUUAGGUCUAAAUUUGGGGCAGGGGUAACGACAGUUAAAAAAAGGGAAACCUGGGGGAAAAUUACAGAUGCCAUCAAUGCCACCUCCUCUACCAAACGUUCGGUAGAGGAAGUUGAGAAAAAGUGGCAUAAUAUUCAGAUGAGAGGAAAGGCGGAGAUUGCCGACGCAAGACGCAGUGCCAAAAAAACAGGCGGCGGACCAGCAGGAAAAGCCCUUACCCCAUUAGCAGAGGCCGUAGAGAGUGUUAUCGGAACUGAUAACAUCAGCAUAUCUGGAAUACCUGGUGCAGUCGAUACAACCUUCCUAAUGCUUGACAAUGAACACAAUACAGCAAAUAUAGCCACGAGAACAGUUGAACAGCGGCCUAGUGCAGUGGUCCAAGAUCUCCAAAUAUUAAGCACCAAUGAAAGCGGUGACGGGCAGAUUAAUUUGGUUACCCUCCCUGCACGGAAGUGCAAUACAUGUAGCUGCAGCAUCGAUUCCUGUAUGGGUGACCUACAGAAGAGAAAAUUAGAACUGGAAAUAGAAAAUUUCACGCUUAGAAAUACCCUUGUCAAACUCCAGAUAGAGAGACUCCAGAACGACUCAGAGUGAUGGAUUUGGUGGAUACAUUACAUGAUCUAACUAUAAAUUACAUAGUAUUUUAA